GCGAGAGAGAGCGCGAGAGAGAGAGAGACACCUCGCCGCAUAGCGUUACUGCCGGCUGAACCCUGAACACAUUUACGUUCUUUCCAAAUGGAUGUCUCCUCUUUUUCCGCCGUUUGACGCCGGACCGGCUCUUUGUCAGCGGCGUUCACCGCGAGAAACCGCUCAUCCCCGGCUUCGUUUUUUUUUUUUUUUUUGGGUUUGUCUCGACAACACGGAGAGGACCACACUCCCCCCCACCCUCAUCUUUAGCUCGCUAGGCUAAGCUAAUUUAGCCGCGAUACUUUGCACCGUAUCGUCCGCGUCUCUGCCUCGGAGUUUUGGAGCCUUUCGGCGGUCGUAUCGAGUCGCCCCGCCGCCCAGGGAGUAUGUUUGAGUGACAAGUGAAGGAGGAAGUGGGAUCUCUCUCACUCCGCCCCCUGUGCCGGUGGAGCAAGACUCCUUUCGCCACUUGGACAGGAUGCGGAGGUUCGCUUACUGUAAGGUGGUUUUGGCCACUUCUCUGGUGUGGGUGAUGCUGGAUAUGUUCAUUCUGCUCUACUUCAGCGAGUGCAACAAGUGUGACGACAAAAGAGAGAGAGGACUGCCAGGGAGACAAGAUGCCAUGACCAGGCCGCGGGACGGGCCCGGAGAAGGCGGAAAGCCGGUGGUGAUCCCGAAGGAUAACCAGGAGAAGAUGAAGGAGAUGUUUAAGAUCAAUCAGUUCAACCUCAUGGCCUCGGAGAUGAUCGCUCUCAAUCGGUCACUGCCUGACGUCCGCCUGGAAGGGUGUAAGAACAAGUUGUACCCCGAUGAUCUUCCCCGCACCAGCGUGGUGAUUGUAUUUCACAAUGAGGCGUGGAGCACGCUGCUGCGGACCGUCCACUCCGUCAUCGACCGAUCGCCUCACACACUGCUGGAGGAGAUUCUCCUCGUGGACGAUGCCAGCGAGAGAGACUUCCUGAAGCGGCCGUUGGAGCAGUAUGUCAGAAGGCUGGAAGUCCCUGUCAAAGUGGUGAGAAUGGAUCAGCGCUCUGGACUUAUUCGUGCUCGCCUCAAGGGAGCGUCCCUCUCCACUGGCCAGGUUAUAACCUUUCUGGACGCUCAUUGUGAAUGCACGAUAGGGUGGCUUGAGCCUCUGCUCAUCCGCAUCAAGCAAGACAAGAGAACAGUGGUGUGCCCCAUCAUCGACGUGAUCAGCGACGAUACGUUCGAAUACAUGGCAGGAUCCGACAUGACGUACGGGGGCUUCAACUGGAAACUCAACUUCCGCUGGUACCCCGUUCCCCAGAGAGAGAUGGACCGGCGCAAAGGGGACCGCACGCUGCCCGUCAGGACUCCCACCAUGGCAGGUGGCUUGUUCUCCAUAGACAGAGAUUAUUUCCAGGAGAUUGGCACGUAUGACGCAGGCAUGGACAUCUGGGGUGGAGAGAACCUGGAAAUCUCUUUCAGAAUCUGGCAGUGCGGCGGGACGCUGGAGAUCGUCACGUGCUCUCACGUGGGCCACGUGUUCAGAAAGGCGACGCCCUACACGUUCCCCGGAGGAACGGGACAGAUCAUCAACAAAAACAACCGGCGCCUGGCCGAAGUCUGGAUGGAUGAAUUUAAAAACUUCUUCUACAUCAUCUCUCCUGGUGUGACCAAAGUGGACUACGGUGACAUCACAUCUCGCUCGGCGCUGAGACAAAAGCUCCAAUGUAAACCCUUCAGUUGGUUCUUGGAGAACGUCUACCCCGACUCGCAGAUCCCCAGACACUAUUACUCCCUGGGAGAGAUCCGCAACGUGGAGACCAACCAGUGCCUGGACAACAUGGCCCGCAAGGAGAAUGAGAAAGUCGGCAUUUUCAACUGCCACGGCAUGGGAGGCAACCAGGUUUUCUCCUCCACGGCCAACAAGGAGAUCAGGACAGAUGACUUGUGUCUGGACGUGUCCAAGCUCAACGGACCCGUCAUGAUGCUCAAGUGCCAUCACCUCAAAGGCAACCAGCUCUGGGAUUACGACCCCGUGAAGCUGAGCCUGACCCACGUCAACAGUAACCAGUGUCUGGACAAGGCCAGUGAGGAGGACAGCCAGGUGCCCAGCGUCAAAGACUGCACACACACACGCUCCCAACAGUGGCUGCUCCGCAACGUCACACUACCAGAGGUCUUCUGACCACACUCGGCACACUCACCAACGCACACACUCACACACACAGCGGCCCAGAGGAAGCAACCGGGGGAGCAGACGUGUUCAUUGGGCACGAGGAAAGAAAAGACUUCCCACGAGGGGAUUCGGGAAGAGAGGAGGCCGGAUUGGACGGUACCACCUCCGCCCGAGAUCAGAGGGAGGAGUGUGUUUGACCCUCCUCAGAGCGAGGAAAGAGGAAAGACUCCCUCGAGGAGACGAUGGCUGCUUUUCGUUCGUUUGUUGUUUUUUUGAAGAGAUUUUACCGCGGACAUUGACGCGCUCGCUGGGCGCGACUACGAGACUGACCCGCUGAGUCGAGGUUUGCACUCCCCUGGACAACGCAGUUUACCCCUCGAGUCAUCACUGAACGUUUACUGACUGUGUGUGUGUGUGUGUGUCUGUGAGUGUGAAAGAGAGAGAGUGUAAGUGUAUGUGUGAGAAUUAUUUUCCUUUUUUGUUUUCUAAUGGACUUUUAAAAUGAACUCAUAUGAAGAUGGGUGCAUGUUUAAGUGUGUAUGGAUGGAUCUGUGUGUGUGUGUGUGUGUGUGUGUGUCAGAGCCCCUCCUACAGUCUCGCUGUGGUGUGUGUCUCCCUCUGCUGUUACUCCCGGGCAUCUCAUGCUACAGACUCGGGCCUCGCGGCUGAGCAAUUUCCACGAGACUGCGCAUUAAAAAGACGAGAGGACCGAACACGAGGACCCGACGUCUGCCGUCCGCAGACCUCUAGAGAUAGAAUUAUGAUGUUUGUGAUAUCUUGAGAUUUCUAUGUCACGUUUUGACACGGCUGUGUCUGUUGCUGCCGUCCUGAGAGCCACAGAGCAGUUACCCUCGUCUGUCUGUCCGUCUGUUGUCUUUCAAGGUGUUUAACAUAGAGCACACACACACACACACACAGGAAUCUGCAUAUAUAACUGAUAUUCACUGCCUAAUGUAGUGUUAAGGGAGCUAUCUCAUAAGGCACCACAUAUUCCCACACACAUCCUGUAUACAAAUAGGAAUAAUGCUUCACUGGCCUGAUACUUUAAUCCAUUUUGUCAUAUCUUCUUCUAAAUGACCUCUUAAAAGAAAGACACUCCAAGGGCUUCUUUCCUCCAGUGGAGUGUGUGGAUGGAUGUGUGUGUGUGUGUGUGUGUGUCUGUGUCUUCAGCACUAAUCCCCAGUCCAUCAGAUCCCUGUUUCCUAGGACAAACAGCGCUCAGAUUCCUGGCUGUUGGACAAGCGGUAGACUAGCGUAGGCUGACGUCAGAUCAGCGUAGGCUGACGUCAGAUCAGCGUCGGCUGACGUCAGAUCAGCGUCGGCUGACGUCAGAUCAGUGUCGGCCUGCGUCUGUUGUGCUAAAGAGCGAAAGCGGCUUUUCUUCUAAACCGAGUCUCUGCUCCCUGCGGAGGACAUAUCUAGAGUAGGAAAGGAAGCCUGGAAAGCUGUUCGUAAAAUACCCGAAAUGUCGCGUCGGUGAUUUUUGAGACUUAAUCGGGACAAAGACUAAUAAGAGUAGAGAGUGGGAGUGAAGAUUUUAAAUGUGGAUUAGAAAGAGCGAAGCAGCAGAAGACAUAUCUUAAUCCAUAACGACAUAUCUCACUGUGCGAGCUCACCUGCUGCAUCCACGAGUCAUACCUCAGUGAGUCAGAGCUACGUGGCUACAUGAGUGUUUUCAUUUCAACCAUCAUGCUUUCUUUAUUAGUUGUUUCUUUUUUCUUAUUUUUUUUUGGUAUCACUUCUGCAACUCGGAGCAGGAGAGGUGAUUUCAUAAAGGUUUGAACCAUUUGGGCUUCCUCCAGUGGAGGAGGGGUCGACACACAUGACGUCAUGCGUGGGAAAGAUGUGGACGUGUUUCUGAUUGUGUGACAGCGGGAGUGUGAUGAUUGAUUUGAUUUGAUUUUGGGGGGGUUGGAGUUAACUGACAUGUCCAGGCUUCCACACUGAGCUGAUCCAAAUGUAGAAAAUAAAGUGAAAAAGUUUACAGAACAAUACGAGGAAAAUGUUGAUUUGCACCUCGUAACACACGUCAGAAACCGUCACAGCUCACAGAACAAAUUCAGUUUUUUUAGUUUUUUUAAACAAAAGUUGACAUUCAGUGUUUCUCACCAAGAGGCGCUGCGACACGUGUUUUGAAAGCAUUUCCAUCUUUUGGCUGGAGGCAUCGUGUUCUCCCGAGGGCCUGGCGGGAGGAUCUUCACCUUUGGCACAAACCUCCACCUGGUCUCAAGCAGGAAGUGAUUAGAUGCUGGUGGUUGAAGGUCAAGGUCGCUUUGACCUCCAAGCCAACACGUUUUUGAGCAACCUUCAGCAUGAGGAAAAUAUUUUUCUUGUGUUAAAGCACCUCUAUAGUACUUUAGUUUAAAUUGAAGAGGUCAUAUUAUUCUAGUUAAAAGUGCGUCUCCAGUUGAGCCUCGAAGGAUACAUAUAAUCUAAUUAUCCCUCUAAUUUUGGAAGUUGGAUGUCAAAAAGCCAAUCUUCCUCCUUCCUCUCCUUCCUGCUGCUCCUCGAUGAAGACUAAUCGGUUGCACAGAGUCUUCUUCGAGGAAGCAUCUCACUCUGUUCACGUCGUGCCGAUGACGUGAGCGGUUCUGCCAUUGAGGAGAUUUGAGGAGCCGGAGCUCAGGAAGACUUCCCUCUGGCUCGCUGCAGACGUCACCAGAGCUCCGUGGAGUCUUUGAUCUGAAGAAACGGGUCAACGGCCAAUCAGACUGCGGCCCGCAGGCACGCGGCCAAGAAAAGACGGAAUAUUGAAGCAUGUUCAAAGAAAGAGUGAAUUUAUAAACUAUAUAUACAUAUACAUAUAUACACGUGUGUAUAUAUAUAUAAAUAUAUACACAUAUGUAUAUAUAUACACAUAUACAGCAAAGUCAUCGAGAGUUUUGCUCCAGCAAAGAACCGCCGCGUAAACUUCCUUUUUCAAAAUAUUUUGUUUUUAGCUAAAGGACAUCGUCUUUUUUACAAAGUUGUUUAAUAAAUUAUGCAAGUUAUUUAA